GGAAAGCAGACCGCAGUGUGUACGGGACUCGAGACUAUGAUAAAUAGGAAUAAAAAAGAAAAGGCUGCAAUAAAUUAGUUAUGGCACGGCGAGUCGAUUGGCGUCCCCCAGGUCAUAUUUAACUGAUUUUUUUAUUUUAAAAACCACUCGUUGCCUGAUAUCAAAGUGCGUCUGUGAAACAGCGUUCAGCGGUGACUUUAACAACGCUCCAGCGAGCAACAGCAGUAGUGUAUUCCUCGUCAAUCAAUCAGUGAUGCUGACGUCAUUGUAAGGCGCGAUCCCAAGGUCCACUGCGAUUUCCCGCUCGGUCCUUCAAAUUUGCCAGCUUCCAACAUUCUCCUUUAUUUUAACCUCCCUCCACACACACACACACACACACACAAACCAAAGGCACUUUUAAGAGCCACGUCUGUCUUGUUAACCUGUACUUGUCUCUCUGUAGCUCGCUCUAUCUCUCUCUCUAUUUACAUUGUUCUAUCUGUCCAUCUUUCUGUUUCUCUCAAUAGGUCCUACAAAAACUCUAUUUUAACACAUUGUCUGUCUGUUUUUUUUUUUUUUUUGUGUAUAUUUCUUCUUUAUAUUUCUUGUCAAGUUAUGAUGAGGCCCAAAUUCCGGCCCGGCCCAUCUUGCCAGACUCCUAAUCAGGCAAGCAGGAAAAGUUGUUAUGUCUGCUUUGGAAGUCUGUCCACUAAACAAAAAAUAAAUGACAAAGUGGUGUCACUGGAUAGCCAGUGGGGGCAAUCUGUCAAGAAAAGCAGAAAUGUUGGGCGCAUAAUUAGUUCUGCCCGUAUUGCAGUUAGUAAAAUGCAAAUUUUUCAUAAGUGUUAUUUGAAGUGUAACUGAAAGCCCAUGUUUGUCACAUAGUAAAUAUCAUAGACUGUUAGCAGUAUGAUGUGGCCUUUAUAAACUUAGUCUUAUGUCAUACAAGGAAGACUCUUUGUCUUUAAAUUGUGCUAAAGUGAAACAAUAAGUUGUGUUCUCUGUCAAAUAAUGAGUCAGUCAUGUUGGCAAUGGUAGAAACUGAAAGAGUACCUCUGGCCUUAUCUGAAAUUGAACUUUGAUCGUAUUAAAAAAAAAAAAAAAGAUUAAAUUUAAAGUCCAUUAAAUGACCUUAAAAUAAAAUUGCUUUAUACAGUACUAAUGUAUCUAAUAAUUCAGUGGGUUUAACUAAUGUGUAGUAACGGCUUUUGUUCAUUUCAGGUGCAGAAACUUGAGGCAGUGGGUUACAAGCCCAUUUUAUUUAUUGGAAAACAAAAUAAAAAGGCUUCAAAUAAGUGGGAUGCAGACAUAAUUACCCAUCUGCACCCCACUCCUCUCACAAUAAAUUUUUUGGAGAAGAUGCGAAGGGCUUAUGAAUUUAUCUUGACUAAGGCAACCUCCACAGCACAGCAGCUGGACAGUGACAUCCCCACAGCAGAGCAGCACAACAGCCCCGUCAGGAGCAGCGCAGUGGUUCCAUUCUCACAAAGGAGGCCGAGACUGUAUUUAUACUCAACCUUGUUUCUCUGUCUUCCCCACACUCUCCAACUUCUCUCUCUCCUCCAUCUUCUACUACUUUUACAGCUGUUCUUCCUCCACAGUCUUCUCCACCUCCACCUCCACUGCCAUGCUCUAAGUCUUUGCAACAGAGGAAGAAAAGGACAAAAACCUCAAUCUGUUCACCAGCACCUUCUGCCACCUCUGUCUCUCCUCCAUCUCUUAUCCCCACAGAUCUCUCCCUUCCACAGUCUUGUCCUCCACCUGCUGCCUCUUCCAUCUUCCAGUCCUUGAGUCAGGAGGGGCCAAAUGUGAAGAAGAAAAGAAAAGAGUGUUUUCUGCAAGAGCUCCAGCACUCACUGAGCGAUAUCUCAGAUGAUGAGGCAUCACCUCUUGGAACCUCAAGAGAUCCUCUCCCAGCUUCCUCGAGCUGGAGCACACGACAAAGUCUCUUCUCAGAGAGGUGGAGGGCAGAGAGACCCCGUCUGGUGAACACCGCUACGGCACAAGAAAAUGUGGCAACACGCAUCUGCCAACAGUGUGGGAGCAAUCCAGCUGCUGUCCGGUGUUGUGACUGUCGACCACGACCCUUCUACUGUGCUGAAUGUGAUGUCAGCAUGCACACCAGACUUGUUCUCCAUAACCGAGAUGCCAUGACUCCUAGGUUCUACCAGCCACUGCCUCCAACAACUUUUGUCAUAGAUAAGGCUCUUUCCCAUUGUGCUAAGUUCUGGUUUGUGAGUGUACAACACACAUUUCAUUCUGAGAAUCGUUAGGCCUCAUAAGCUUUACUAUUUAAAUAAUGCCUUUUUGUCUCGUAUUGUUUGAUAUUGAAUUGAAGCUUUUUGAGCAUCUCUUCUAUACUUUUUCAACAAUGUACUUCAUUACCAUUGAACCAUUACACUGUUAUAUUACUCAGUCAAUACAAAUGAUCUUAAUUCACAUGUUUGAUCUUUUUCAGUACGGCUUGUACCUGUGGAGAUUCCUGACAAAAUUUGUGGUUGUUCAUCAGAGUCAUUGAGGGUCAGCCCAGGGAAGACUGUUGCUGUGAUCACAAUGAAUGGACGAUAUGAUCUAAGCAUGCAUGAGUUGAGUUGUGAGGCAUGCCAAGCCACUUGGGCUGCUGGAGUGGUCGACCUAAAUCAAAGUGACUACUGGCCCGCGACCCUUCACUUUGCCACAAUUUAUGCCGCAGAUGUCUUUUUCUCAUUUGAAGAAAUGAAGAUGGCAGCACCAGGACUGUAAGAAUGCUGGAUCAGCGAACUGUCCGCUUUGGUCGUACUGGCAAGAUCUCCACAGACAGUUUUCAGAAAAGUUUUUUUGAGUGGGAGGCUGUGCGAUAUGAGGUGGACAAAAUCUGCAAGGAAGAGCCCUUCAUCUGUACUGCGUGCACCCCAGAUAUGCUGGCGGUUUCAGUAGAUGGAAACCGCAAGCAUUACCGUUUUAAGAAUGCAGCUAGAUCUGAAGAACAGGCCAUCUUUGAAGACGUCUUUAUAGCUAAGGAUGAAGAUGUGACAAGAUUUGUGGACUACAUUCACAAGACAUCCAAACAUGUCAGUGGAAGAGGUGUUUGUGGAGGGGAGUGGUCAGCAGCCAGAGAGACCUCCCAAAGAUCAGCAAGCAAGGCAGACGAGGAGGGAUUGGAGCUUGCGGUGUGUCGACACGGAGUGCUGCUCUGUGCUUUAAAUAUGUACAGGGGUGAAAUUUUUGCCUAUCCCCUGUACCUGCAAGAAAAGCUGGCCAGUAGGCAAAUCACUUUUUUUUUGUAUGGAUGUGACCUGCAAAUAUUGGCCCUACCUCCAAAUAGUUGCAAAAAGCUGCCCAGAGCUCCAGCACCUUCUUAACAUGAAGCCCUUCCUUUCAGUCUUCCAUGCCAAAGCCCAUGAUUUUAAAUGCGAGGUGAAAUGGAGUGGGGCAUAUCAGGAUGGGGCUGGUUGCACUGAGGUGGAACAGUGCAAUGCUUUCCUGUCUAGGAUUGCGGUGACCACAAAACACAUGUCCAAACCAGGACGCACAGACAUGCUGACUCUCAUGGCCAUGCGCUGGAAUCAGCAAAAGUUCAACAAUUUGGCCACAGCACUGACCCGCCGUUAUCAGAAGACCACAAAAGCUCUGCAAAGCCAGGUGCAAAACCUAGAGUCUGUGAAAGUCGAAUUGGCAGUGACAGAGAGCCAACUGGAAGACUGGCUCAAUGAUGUAAAGGAGUGGGCAGACGCAACAACAACCACAAAUGAUGUUGAUGCCUUGGCUAGCAGAAUUGAGGUGCUGGUGGCGAGUAUCAAGAGACGUUCCCAGCGACUCUAUAAAGAUACAGAUGGCAACAAAGGUCAUGCCAGGAUCCGCCGCAAGGUCAGGGAGGAGAAGGGGAUCCUGACAUCAGUUGUAGAGAAAUACAACAGAAUGGUUCCAAACACUGAAACUCUGUGCUUGGAAACCAUUUUGUCUGGUGAGACAGCUUGGCCAUGGCAGCUUCCACACAGUGACUCUGUCGAUCUAAGGACAAAGAUAAAGGCAUUCGACAUCAUCAUGUCAUUAAGGAGACUUCAGGAGGAGCAGAAGAUUUUUGUUGCAGAGAUGGACAACCAUUGGAAAUAUCUUUCAACUCGUGCUGGUACCCUCAGAGAACUGUCCUGCUUGUUUGCCAGUGAGACACUGAAAAAUUCGCAAUGUGGCCUAAGUGAAGAGGGUUUGAAAGGUCUGCAGAGCAUCAUCCACAGAAAGCAACGUAAAAUCAGAGAAAUGAGGGUGCAAGCAAGAGACUGUUACCUGCAAGUUUUGUCUGGAGCAGAGAACAACCUCUUAAACAAACUGUCAGCUGAUGACUAUGACAGUGACUUCGAAAUUUCUGAUGACGAACUGUAAUCCACAAGACUGUGACACCUUUUUUUUUCUUGACAGUGACCUUGACCUUAACCCUGAAUCUAAAGCAUGUAAUAAAAUCUGCUGUUGAUCACAUUAUAAAUAUAACCAAAGUGUAGUGUCUGUCUUUUUUCACUUACAUAGAAAUGAAUGCAUGCAUGCCUCUACAACCAGUCAGUGCUGGAAAUUCAGUGCUUUAUUGUAAGGCUAAGUACUGUACUAAAGUAUAGAUUUGAGGUACUUGUCCUCUACGUAGAUGAUUUGUUUCUUCUCAUGCCACUGUGUAGUUGUGCUAGGCUACAGUUCAAAGAAGAAGAAAAAAAAACUUUUUACUGAACUUGCAGCUCAU